CGAAUUGAUAAAAUAAAUAAUUAUCAACGAUUUUAAUAAUUCAUCUUCCUAUAUGAUACUUUUAAUAUCGUCAAUUAAUGUAUUUUAUUUAAUAGAAAUAUAAAAUACGAAUGAACAUUGAUAUAUCGUUACCCAAUCAUCUUUUUUUUUUAUUCAACAUAAUAAAAUAAGUUGGCAAAAAACCUGCUUAUAGGGGAGACAUCUGUUAACCUGCUUCCCGAACUGCUUCCGAACUUCACUUCAGUUGACAGUAGUCCAUUCAGUCCAUUGAGGCUCUCGCUCGUGUGCCUCGCGCGUCGUGGCCGUGCUGGGAGUUGAGCGAUUUAUGUCACGAUAAUCCGCCGAUUGAUGCAGUCACCCGCGGCGUCGAUACGCCCUUUGCUACGUGCCUUCUCCAUAGCGACGAAACGUGUUGACAUGAUCGACCCCGCACUGAAGCCCGAGGUGGUGCUGUCGGAGAGCAAUCGCAAGGAUUGCAUCGAGAAAUUCAAGCGCAUCCAGGUGCCGAAGGUGAAGCACAAAGUGGCGGAAGCGGCCGUUCUGGUUCCAUUAUGUUUACAUAAAGGAGAACUCGGUUUCUUGUACACGCUGCGAUCCAUGAGGCUCACGUCCAAUCGCGGACAAGUGUCCUUCCCGGGUGGCAUGCGCGACGAGGACGACGUCGAUCUACGAGAGACCGCGCUGCGAGAGACCUGGGAGGAGCUGAAAAUCCCCAAGGAGAAGAUCGACGUUUGGACCAUGGGAAACCUCAUCGGCAAGACCGACGUCAACGUGAUGCCGGUGCUGGCCUACAUCGGCGAGGUGGUGCCGGAGAAGCUGGAGAUCAACCGGGACGAAGUGGAGGAUGUGUUCGUGGUGAGCCUGCAGAAAUUGUGCGAUCCCGAGUUGAUACGUUUCACGGCUUUUCGCCAUCCGGCUGUGACCCUGCCGUCUUACCUGGGUGGUAAGCACCGUGUCUGGGGAUUCACCGGCGCUAUCACUCACAUGGUGCUCGAAUGCCUGGUGCCGCAGGUCUACAAGUUCAAGUACUUUUCAGUACGACCGAUACUGCAGGACGAGAAGGAAAAUAAUUUCGGUUAUGACGCGACACGUUCGAAAAUGUGAAGGAUUGAGUAAAAUUAAAA